AUGGCUCGAGGCACAUCUCAGUCUCAAACGACGGCGUCCUCCUCCACCUCACGACCCGGCGUAAUGGCUCCCCGCGGCUCUGCCGCCGCUACGGCCGGAAUGCGCCGCCGUCGCAUAGGAGGCUCUACCAGCUCCGGCAGCGUCGGUGGAGGCGGAGGGGGGUCUGGUGCUGGCAACAACAUGCUCAGGUUCUACACAGAUGACGCUCCUGGAUUGAAGAUCACGCCGACUGUUGUUCUCGUCAUGAGCCUCUGCUUCAUCGGCUUCGUUACGGCUCUUCAUGUGUUCGGCAAGCUCUAUCUCCAUCGAUCCGGUGGUGGAGCUUGA